AUGGCGCUGAAGUCUCUCACCGGGGCGGCGGAGGGUACACGUACCUGCGCGGAGCAUCAUAGUGAGGGUUCCGCGGACGGAGCGGCGGCUGCGUCGACUGUGGAGGGCGGGUGGUUCCGUACGGCCGCAGCGGAGGGGGCGGUGGUUGUGAUCCGGUCGGGUUCCUUGGCGCCGAUGUCGGCGGGUCAUAUGUAUACUUCUUCGUCUUUCUCCGGGGCGGCAUUGGUUGAGGGCGAAAGGCAAGGGGCAGGGGACGAGAGGGAGGAAGACGACUACUCACCAGAAGCUCGCAGGAGUGGAGUUCGCUGGGAAUGAUGUUACCCAGUUUUAUAACCAAAGCCGGGAGGAUGGCCGCGGUCUACUUUGUUCAGAGACUUCUUUGAUACCAGAAGCCUCCAUACUAGGGAAUGGAGUUCAAAGUGUCACGGCCCAUAAAACAGAAGACAUAUCCUCUCUCCAAGUAGGGUUAUGGUGCAGACUUGACUGCGAGGUUUUACCAUAAAAGUGGAAGAAGACCAGGAGGGGUGGCAGGCGGAGCCAUAAACGGACUUGAACGGACACGACGGCCCUCUCGGAUGACCGAAGGGCCUAGUAAGGGUGGCUGUUUGUGA